CAGACCUCUGAGGACCAGAUCAGGUUCACACCGAGACUCUUCCACAUCACAGAAACCAACCUGACGAACAUCAGGAGAGAACAACGCAGAGCAGAGACUGAGACCAACAAAAACACCGACCUCCUGAUCUGAGCUGACGGUUUUCCAGGUGUGCGUACAGACAUCAGGCAGCAUGGCAGUGGGCCUGCAGGUUGUGGGUCUGAUUCUGGGGGUGGUGUCCUGGUGUCUGCAGUCCAGCUGUACGUCCUCUCAGGCGUGGAAGGUGCGGAGUCAGGUGGAGUCGAUCAGCAGCAGCCAGUGGCAGUUUGAAGGUCUGUGGAUGAGCUGUGCUGCCACCUCGCUGGGGUCGGUCCAGUGCAGCAAGUUCAAGACGGUGCUGGGACUCUCGGUUCACCUGCAGACCUGCAGGGCUCUGAUGAUCCUGUCCCUGCUGGUCGGUCUGGCCUCCAUCAUCGUCUCUGUGCUGGGACUCAAGUGCACCAAGAUCGGCAGAGCCUCAGAGCACGCCAAAGGCCAGAUCGUCCUGAGCGGAGGAAUCAUGUUCAUCCUGUCUGGUGUGUUCACUCUGACGGCAGUGUCAUGGUACGCUGCCAAAGUCAUCCACGAAUUCCACGACCCGUUCCACGGAGGAGUCAGGUUUGAGCUGGGUACUGGUCUGUAUCUGGGCUGGGCGGCUUCCUGUCUGGCCAUACUGGGAGGAUCUAUGCUCUGCUGUUCCUACAGGAAGACACCCGUUGCCCCCCCUGCAAGGCAGUUUACAUACAACUACUCCACAGCGAGCCGAGGACACAGCAUCUACAGAGCAGCUCCGGCCUCGGACAGCAGCAGCUUCAAAGCUUACGUCUAAACCCCCCAAACACUGCUGCUUCCUGUCCGAUCUCCCGUCAGACCACGGGCACAGAAACAUCACAGUCUAAUGCAGGAUCAAAAACCUUUUUUCUAAAUGCGAAAUGAAACCAAUGUGUGAUGAUGAGGUUUCUUUUUUUUUUAAAGAAAUUUUAUUGUGAAGGGCACAGAUCCUUUGAUUUCUGCCUGGAUUAUUUGCAUCAGUGUUAGAUGUUUUAGACUUUGUUGUAAAUAAAAUGUUUCCUGAAUCUGG